AUGCCGUGGCAUCCCUCCUUGCCCUCUCCCCCUGAUGACGCUUCUAGUGUUAAAUUUCAGUAUAUAUUUGACCAUUUUGACUGUGUUCAGGUCACCAGCUUGACAGCAGAGGUGCGUCGAGUGCGUCAGCAGAUCGAGGAGACGGCAGGCAAAGGAGCUGAGAAAGAUAGAGACUCCCAACGCACUGUCUCUCAGCUGGAGUCUGAGGUGCGGUCAGCUGAGGAGGCAGUUGAAGCCUUGGAGAGGGAACUUAGACAAGCUGAGGACACUCUCACAGAGAUGAAGACUUCUACACAGGAGUUGUUUGAUCUUCUUCAGUGUGACGCUCAGCCUAUUGUUGCUAUUGUCGGCGGGGGAGAGAUUACAAGUGCUAGUGUGUCUGUGUACCUGUCCGUGGUGGAGCAGCGGGUACACGAACUCCUGCAGCUGCGUCAGUUCCUCCUGGCAGAGGACCAAGCCCCAGCCGCCGCCCUCGGGGAGGAUGCUCUCCACGACGAAGCCGCAGAGGGCAGAUCGUCGUCUGCCUCGUCAGCCAAGGUCGUCGUCCCUCUCGGCAAGCCCCAGUUGCCCCACACGGCCCACGUCAACGAUGAAGAGUAUACCAAUGGAGGCCCGCUGACUCACGGUGACCUCCUGGCUACCAUGCGCAAGUUUAUUCCCAACAACGACGAUAACUGAGUCAUCUGGACAGCGUCCGUCCCUAAUUUUGCCGACAACUACCACUUCUACGUUUAUAAGUGAACUGUAGAUAUGUAGAUAUAAAUCCAUAUGUGCACCUAGUUUCUAAGCCUUUUGUGUAUCCAUAUGCUCUUGCGCUACCGUCCACAGGAUGGAUAUGGGAUGCACAAUAAACUAGCCACUUCGGUGGCAAAAUCUAAAUCUAAUCUCUAAUAAUCUACUACUACUACUAUUACUGCUACUAUUACUACUAUUACUAUUGCUAUUACUACUAUUACUAUUACUAUUACUACUAUUAUUACUAUUAUUGUUACUGCUACUAUUACUACCACUAUUACUAUUAACUAUUAUUAUUACUGCUAUUACUAUUACUACUGCUACUACUGUUACUAUUACUAUUACUACUACUCUCUUCUUACCUCCACCCCCUCGCACACUGCCUUCUGGUCUUCUUUCUCUUGUCGCAUCUGUUGUGACCUGAUAGUGGUUCAGGACAGAUCGAAACGUCGUUACAACGUUUCUCUCCCAAGUGUAGUUUAUUGCUGAAAUUUUAAGGAGGGGGGUGACUUACAAGAACAGGACCGGGAAGUAAAGACACUAAGAACACUUUAUUAAGGAAACGUUUCGCCCACUAGGGGAAUGUAUCACCAUAGGAAAUAAAGAUACAAGACUGUUAUGAUAUUUUAGUUACAGCUUGUUACAGCAACUGGAGGAGCAGCCAUCUACACGCGGUGAGCUCUGGGUAUUUUGGCUGACUGUAGGUAGUCAGUCAGUGUAUAUGCUGUCUAUGCAAUAACAUCACAGUAAACAGGUGAUAUCAUAAUAUGCAA